UAUAGUUAUUGCUGAUACAACCCUCAGAGUCACGGCGAGAGAGCCAGAGUUACACAGGGCACCAGAGGCCAAGUAAGCCGCUGCAAUUGAGACUCAAUAUACUUUGGGGCGGUCGCGAUGAAUCACGGACGAUACGAUGAUGAUGAGGGUGAGCUAUCGACCUGUUCGCCGCUUGGAUUACCAACUAUGCUGACUGGAUCAUCUCUUCGUCACUGCUCUUCUUUCACCUGCUCCCUGUCUGAAACUCUGGACCUUCCACUCUGCGUGUAAAAUGAACAGACGACGAGAUCGAGAUCCCAGUCGCCCGUCCUCCAGCCGGUCCCAGUAACUUAUUAGCUCAGCUCAUGGGUGGAAGUAGAGGUUUUGGAUUCGGUGGGAUGGGAUUCGGAGGGUAUGGCAUGGUACCGCCUCCCAGUGCUUUCGACGAGUAUUACAAGGCGUACUCAGUGGCGGUCAUGGGGGGCAACGAACGAUCAGAGCUCUUGUACGGUGGAAAAAUUGUCAUGCCUCCUUCUGCACUUGCCAAGCUCUCUGCAAUGGAGAUCCCCAGUCCCUGGACCUUUCACCUGCGCAAUCCACGGAACCCGAAAGUCAAUCAAACGCAUGCAGGAGUCUUAGAAUUCAUUGCGGACGAAGGAAUCGUCCACCUGCCAGCCUGGAUGAUGAAAGCACUGGAAAUCAGUGAAGGAGAUCCGAUUCGAUUGACAGGUGCCGAGCUACCUAAAGGAAAGAUGGUCAAGAUUCAAGCGCAGAGUACUGCCUUCCUUGAAGUAUCUGAUCCAAAAGCAGUGCUCGAAUCUGCGCUUCGGUUCUACUCCUGCCUGACGAAAGGAGACAUCAUCGAGAUCACAUACAAUUCUCUCGUCUUUGAAUUCCUCAUCAUGGAGACCACACCGGAAGGAGCCGGUAUCAGCGUCAUUGACACCGAUUUGGAAGUUGACUUUGCCACGCCUGUGGGAUACGUCGAACCUCCUCGACCCGCUCCCGCUCCGAUCCCCACGAUGGCUGAUAAGCUCAAGAUUGACCUCGGUGGAACGACAACAGGAUCUGCUGGAUCCAGUCGGUCAGUCUCUCGCGCGUCUGGAGGCUCGGGAGAGAGUGGUCCUCUGGAAAGCUUCACUGGUGUUGGACAGAGUCUGAGUGGGAAGAAAGUGAAAGGCAAGGGACUGGCUAAGAAGAUUGAAGAGGUGGACCCAAAGAGCAGAAUCAACAGGAACGGGGGGAAUCGUAUCGUCACACCCGACUCUCUCACGGAUGAUCGCAAAGUCCCUGCUGCUCUCGUCCUCCCUGAGGGCAAAUUUUUCUUUGGCUACAAAUACAUACCCUUCGACUCGUCCAAACAGCCGAAAAAGGUCGAGGCACCAAAGUCACCAGACCCGUUCCAGGGUCAAGGCGAGACGCUUCGAAAGACUGGUGGCAUCUCACGUCCUCAGCCAGUAUUGAGUGGGCAAAAUGGUACUGCACCUGAAUCAGUCGCAGUGCCGUCGCCGGAAGAGAAGAUCGAUCCCUGGGCGAAACUUGGAUCUGGAAACACUCUCCGACCCAAACGACCCGCGCCAUCGAUGCCGACACCUGAGCCAGCUCAUAAUCGAGUCAGGUCGAAUCAGCCUGCGGCACCUCCACCUCCAUCAAACGUUAUUGAUGCGACUAUGCUGGACGAGGAUGAUUUUGGCUUUGUUGACAGUGACGACGAUGAGCACGAAGUCAUUGAAAUCGAUUCGGACUGACAUCGGUGAAGAGGCCAGCCUUUUAGAGAGCGAGAUCGUAUCACCCCCCCCCCCCCACAUAAGC